AUCAAAUUGGCCUUCGAAUUCCAGGAAUGCGGAUUGAAUUCGGUGGUGUUGUCCGAGAUCACAUUGCAGGGCCCUGGGUUGUGUGUGAAUGAGGCCUGCGAGAGAGAGAUAGGGCAGAAUAGACGCUGAUUCACCCAGCUCGGAAAAGAGCCCGACCGAGGCAGAAGCACCCGGCCCGCCAUUCAGCCACAUGACAACGUCGUCAGUGGCUGGGUCAUUCCUGCUUUCAAAAUAGUAGAAGAAGAAGUGGCGAGCCCGGAUAUCUAUGUAACCAGCAUAUUGGCUGGCACUCAGCUUAUCUGUGAGCUGCAAUCCCUCGGCAAACUCACUCGACAGUCGAGUCGCAAAACCCCGUCGAUUUCUGGUCAAUGGUCGUCUCAGGCCGCGUAUCUUCUCAGGGUGAAAUACCCACCGGAAUCUGCUUCACUCGGACCCGAUAGUCAGGGAACGCAUCGUUGGUCAAAACGCGGAACGGUCCGUCUCCAAGAUCGGUAAGGGUUUGUUCGGCUGGGUUGCGGGGCUGGCGAGAUGCUUCCGCAGAUCGAAAUGCAGAGAUGAAGGCGACGAGUGUCACGAGCAGCCGGAACAUGCUGUACCCAGUUAAGGUCUCGCUCGACUGCGGCCGCGCGCUCUACUGAGCGUGACUUUGUUAACGCGAUCGACGGGCCAUCGCCAAUCACUGAUCGAAACACAAGGUCUCGAUCAGGUGACAUCGCCACCCACAGCACAGGCCUCUUUCUUGACCACCACAGUGCGGGACUUCGUAUUCGACCCGCCUCCAACUAUCUCUCCAUGUCGGACGCUUCCGCCCCCGCCCCCGCCCCGCGCCCCCACCCGCGGCCCCAUCCCCGGCAGAGCCAGACGCUGCCGACCCCAAUGAUCCCGUCAUUGUCGUCUUGACAUCGGACACAGCCAUGCCUACGCUCGCCGAGCAGCUCGAGGCGCGCGCGGAGAAGCGCGCGGCGAUCGUCGAGCAGAAGCGCGUGCGCGCGAGCGAGAGGCAGACUUUUGGUGUCACGUUGAUGAAGCUCAAGAACUACAACGGCGCUGCGACGUGUUUCGCCGAUGCGUGUCGGCUGUGGAGAGAAAAUCCGGUGGUGCACUGUGAUUUGGCUACCGCGUAUCUGUACGCCGGGAGAUUCGUGGAGGCGGAGGCUGUUGCGGCGAAGGCGCUGGCGCUGGAUCCCAAGCUCGUCGAGGCGCGAUAUGUGCGUGGUAUGUCCCGCAAGGGUCAUGGCGAUACCGCAGGCGCGAUCGUCGGUGCGCAUAUUCCCUUCCACCCGUUCUCUGCUGCAUGGCUCAUGUGCCUAGACUUCGAAACCGUUCUGUCUAUGACGCCCGAGAACACGGCUGCUAAGACUGCGUUGGCGGAAACGCAGGCCAGCGCACCUGCUCCAGAUGCAGAAGCGUCCAAGGAGGCAACCGAAGAACCUGUCUCCUCCGAUCCAGGCGCUCCAACGCCAGAUGCGGCACCACGUCCAGUAUCCCCAUCUCCAUCUAUCACCUCCGACACCUCGGAUGCCCAUCACACGGCUUCCGGGAUCCCUUGCCGCUUCUACAACCGUGGCCGCUGCGCGCGUAAAGCCGAAUGCACGUUCUCGCACGCACCAGAUGACCGUAGCGUCCGCGAUGGGCUGGGAAGAAAUGUCUGCCUGUAUGAUCUGCUGGGGCUGUGCAAGUUCGGCAAAGACAAGUGUCUCUAUUCGCACGACCGGAGUGCCCUGGAGCACGCUGUCGUCGGUGCCGAGGGAAGAUGGUGGGAAAGCGAAACGGGGGUUGCCACAAUGCGGGAGCGGCUCGAGAAGGGAAGAGCCGAGGCGCGAGAGAGGCACGCACAGAAGGAGGCCCGCAAAGCUGAGCGUAGAGAGCAGCGGGAGAAGGACGAGGCCGGUGCUCCGAAACGGAACGGAGAAGCUGCGGGAGAGAAGAAGAAAAAGUCGAAAGGGAAGUCGAGGAACAAUAGACAAGGCGGCGGCGGCGGCGGCGGCGGAGGAGGACCGAGACAGUCAAAUGUGCCAGGCGGUUAUCGGCAACGGCAAAUGUCUCCGCAGGAAAUAGCUCAUGCUCAGCGAAUGUUUCUUGCUGCAGAGAUCGAGCGCCGAGUCGCGUCGAUGGGCGUCGAUCCCAACGCAGCAGCGCAGAUCGCACUGUCGCAGAUGGCCUUUGCGCGCGGUGGGAUGUCGCCCAGUGUCGUUCUGAGCGGGUUGGGGAUGGGCGGUCUGGGGCCGAUCAGUCCCGGAGGUGUCAUCAGUCCCAUGGCGCCGCUCAGCGCGAACCCCUACGCGUUUGGGAUGGGCAACGCUGCGUUGGGUGGUGGAACCGGAAUCGGCGUUCCGACUGCCGAAUUGCAGGAAAUGGAGGAGCGGAUGGCACGGAUGGUCGACGGCUUAGGCCGUCAGGGCCGUCACGAGGAAGGCGUCCCAGAAGUUGCGGACGACAGCCACACCGGUGGGGCUGUCCAUCCUCAGGUGGAGCCUGUCUCUUGAAACACAAAUUACUACUAACAAGGUGUACUGAUCUUAUGUAUUCUACGUAGAUAAUCUAUUUGGAUGUAUGUAUGUCUGCUGCCUACACAGUGUAUAUAUUCCUUGUAGGAAUAGAUCGGGCCCUCGCACUGAGGAUCAUCGCAUAUCAAGGACGCGGGUCGCUGUCCGUGGCAGCCGCCACCUUCAUUGAGGCCCGAGCCGUCUAUGGGCGGCAGAUUCGACAGACCCUAUUGGAUCCCAAAUGCGGCUCAGUCUUGGAGAGCUUCGAUUUCGGCUGCGCUCUUUUCCAAGUACGCUUCGUACGAGUCGUUAUAUCCGCCUUCGAAAGAUCAUUGAUGAGUCCAAAACGCGUGCACAGUCGAGAAAAACUGACUGGGAGUCUUCGCCUGAGCGCGCAGACGAGCCACGACUUCCCGGUCAUGCGCGAUCGCCGCCAGCUGUGUGUGUUUCAUGGUCCCUGCAGACACUUUAGAGUGGAAGACGGAAUGCAGGAGGCUGAGUACCAGAGAGAUGGACGACGUUCGGGAUGUAGCGCACGCCCUCGAUGCUGGUAAGCAGAGUCACGGCACCCCAUGCAACCUGGUGGUGGUCGCGCGCGACGCGGAUGAUGCACAUGUUCGUCGUCGGGGAGUAGUAUUUCACUGGGGGUCCCGUGCUGUCAUGAGCGUGUGUUCGAGACGACAGCGGCCGGCACACCGUUCAUAGAAAGACCGAUGGACCCC